AUGGAGUUGCUUGAUUUAACUCCCCUUCAAUCUAAAGAGAAGUUCAACGAGGUUCCUGAGGUGACCGUGUUCCCCAAGUCUCCUGUGCUGCUGGGUCAGCCCAACAUCCUUGUCUGCUUUGUGGACAACAUCUUUCCUCCUGUGGUCAACAUCACAUGGUUGAGAAACAGCAAGUCAGUCACAGAGACUGUUUAUGAGACCAGCUUCCUCUCCAAGAGUGACCAUUCCUUCCACAAGAUGUCUUACCUCACCUUCGUCCCUUCUGACGAUGACGUCUAUGACUGCAAGGUGGAGCACUGGGGCCUGGAGGAGCCGGCGCUGCAACACUGGGAACCUGAGAUUCCAGCCCCCAUGUCAGAGCUGACGGAGACUGUGGUCUGUGCCCUGGGGUUGUCCGUGGGCAUCGUGGGCAUCGUGGUGGGCACCAUCUUCAUCAUUCAAGGCCUGCGAUCAGGUGGCUCCUCCAGACACCCAGGGCCCUUAUGAGCCACACCCUGGAGAGGAAGGUGUGUGAUCCUCUCCAGGGCAGAAGUGGUGUGCAAUUCAUCAUGUUCUUUGUCUUUCCCAAGUGCCCUCCAUCUUGCUGUUCUCUUGGACAUGAGGCUGUCCCCACUCACAGCUCAAAUAACCUUGGAAUUCUCCCCUGACCUGAGUUUUGUCUUUUGGCAUCUUUUACAAUCACAUCUACUGUAGAAUCUCUCAGUGACCCUGAUUCAGUAGCUCCACAAAACCAAUAAAUCACCUUUUGUAAGUCAAAAA